AGGAGGAGGAGGAGGAGGAGGCAGCAGCAGCAAUAACUCGCAGAGGCACGUCCAAGAAAGGUGGAGACUCCUGGGUUAACUUCCUGCACAAUAAUCUGGAACCACCACAGAGUCCGGACUGGGAGGCUACCGCGAGGACGAAUGGAUCCACGGCUCACUGUCCUCCGUGUCAGGCAGUGAAUCCACAGCUUCCCUCGGUCCCUGAUCACACAUAUGACCACACACCUCUACCUGAGUGUUAGUUAGCUUAGCGGUGAGAGAGGACAUUCCCGAGCCCUGAGAGCGAGCUGCCGCUGCGGACAGGAAUGGAGGUCGUGGUGGAGUAUGAGUAUGAAGCGCUCCAUGAAGACGAACUGACUCUGCGACCAGGGGACAUCAUCAAAAAUGUGCGCUACAUCGAAGAGGACGGCUGGAUGGAGGGAGACCUGCACGAGAAAAGAGGCCUCUUCCCUGACAACUUUGUCAAGGAAGUGAAGAAAGAUUCCAAGGAGGUCAAAGAAACGAAGCCUGAGCCGAAAGAGGAAACCUCUCACCCCCAAAGACGAGAGAAGAGUGCAGGGAACGUGGCCAACCUGGUUCAGAGGAUGAGCACCAUCGGCAUCCCCACGGGAGGCUUUCAGCCGCAGCCACCUGCAGCUGCAAAGAAGCCGAAGAGGAGGCAGUGCAAGGUGCUGUUUGACUAUCAGCCGCUGAACGACGAUGAGCUGGAACUAAAAGUUGGAGACACAAUAGACAUCAUUGAAGAGGUGGAAGAGGGCUGGUGGAGCGGAAGCUUUAACGGCAGGUCGGGACUGUUUCCCUCCAACUUUGUCAAAGAGCAGGAUUCUACUGGAGAGGAUGCAGAGACUAAUGACCGAGCAGGAGACGAGGCCGACGGAGGUGGAGCAGAGAGCACCGCCUCUCCCACCUCCCCGCAGCCUGCUCACGGAAACGGCGUCGCUCAGCCCAAGAAGAUCCGAGGCAUCGGCUUCGGAGACAUUUUCAAAGAAGGGUCAGUGAAAUUAAAAGUCCGACUGCCGAGCCCCGAGAGAGAAGAGAAGAAGGAGAGACCAAUCUCAUCAUUACCAUCCGCUGCAAAGCCCGCCCAUCCCAACACCACGGACGGAGAGGACAAAUCCAAAGCAAAAGAGUAUUGUAAAGUCACGUUUGCUUUCGAGUCUACAAACGAGGACGAGCUGAGCAUAAAGGAAGGCGAAGUCAUCCACAUCCUGAGCAAGGACACAGGAGAGCCCGGCUGGUGGCGAGGGGAGGUUGGGGGCAGAGAAGGUGUUUUUCCUGACAACUUCGUCACCAUGCUGUCUGAAUCAGAGAAAGAGACUCCCACAUCGAGAGGCUCCGUGAAAUCAUCACCCAGGCAGGAAUCAGAAGAGAAACCGAAGAAGCCUCCUCCUCCAUUAAAAAGCAUAGCUCCGAAGCCAGAGGUUCCCAGAAGCGCCGAUAGGAGGCUUCACCCCACCAGACCAGAGGACCGAGUUGACAAGCCAUCCAAGCCUGCAGCUCCCGUGGUCCCACCCAAGAAGCCAGUCCCUCCUCCUGUUAAAGGCAGACCGGGGAUCCUUCCACCAAAACGGCCUGACAAGCCUCUUGCUCCCUCACCAAACCUCAAGCACAAUGGAGAGGUGCCUUCUACACGAUCAAAGCCUGACUUUGAGUCAUUAAUGCCUGUAAAGCCCAAAACACUCUCUGUGGAGUUGGGGGAGAAGCCCUCAGAGACAGAUCUGAUGAGUUUUGAUGAGUUGUCGUCUACCUCGGAGAAGCUCUCUCACCUGACUGCUAACAGACCAAAGAUGCCUGGAAGGAGACUGCCUGCCCAGUUUGGAGGACACUCGCCAAACAAGGAAACAAACGUGGAGAAGUCUUUCAAGAUGGAUGAAGAGGAAACGACCAAACCAAAGCUCACAGAAACCAGAAAGCCUUCAGCGAACCCCUCGUCCCCGUCACCUCUGCCCAGUAAGGCUGCCUCCACCAACAUCGAGGCCAAGCCCAGUCUGACAUCAGCCCCGGUGUCACAGGGACACGGCGUCCAGCUGGACUCCAACUCCCAGCUGGACGAGCUGAGGAGCCAGAUGAAGGACCUGCUGAUGACUGUGGAGCUGCUCAAGGCCCAGCAAAUGAAAGAGAUAGCAGGGCUCCGAGGAGAGCUGGAUGACGAGAGGCUAAAGCGCAUGGCCCUGCAGAUGGAGAUAGAGAAGCUGAAACAGACCAUCCACUCCACGUGAAGCCCGCACCCCAAUCAACAGCAACCCUCAAGAUCGGCUGUUGGCCUGUGGACCGAGCAGAGACCCGGCGGGCGGGCGAAAGGCGGGCGGUGCAUACGCAGAGAUGAACGGGUGGAGAGAGGAAUCAGAUGAACCACCUCAUGCACAAUCCAGUGAUUUAUGAAAGUAUAAACUCUUCUGAUAUUUGUAAACAUACAUUUUGCACAUAUGAUUUUUUCGAGCUAUGUAGUCACCGGUGUAUAUGUUUCUCUUUAGUUGAUUUUGCCAACACAAAAACCUGAGGCCUUACUUUGAACUCUUGCGCUGGACUAAAACUCUUCCACGGCUGUCUCCCUUCACUUUAGCGCUCCGUGGACCCCCAGGUCUGGGGUGUGGGGGGGGUCCACUCUCAGAACUACUGACUUUGUACGAAGCAGGGGACUCUUGUUUUCCUCACCUGGUUCUCUUUCUCUCUUUUUAUGAAUGCACAAAUAGACGAUUUCCUGAGUUUGAUCUCCUGAUCCUCUCCUCCUCCUCCGCGGCCGCAGCGCUUUGUGUUCCUUUAUUUUUAUAUGCUUUCUUGCAUUCCUAUCCAGGGUAACACUACUGUGCCUGUUAUGAAAUGAGGGGUUCGUAAUGAGAGAUUACAUUUACCGUGAUGGUGUCGAGAAAUGUUGCAGCAUGAUAUUGUAUAUCUAUUUUUGUCUACUGACACGCCGAGUCGAAUACUAAACAGAGGGCCUCUUCCUGGCCGGUAUAUUCUAUUUUUGUCAGACUGUUUCUCUUGUUGGGAAUGUUCUCAGAGAUUUAACUCUUCAGGCAAUACACAGGGAGUCCAGGAGCGAGAGAGGUAGAACCCUGAGAGGAAGAGAGGAGGAGGAUUAUUGUUUUGAUCAUCUCUACAUCCUGCUCUCUCUGUCCCUCUUCUUAUCUCGGGCCUGCUCUAUCUUUCCCUCCUUCUCCUAACUCUUCAUCAAAUGAUCUGUACUCCAGAGAGUCAUUCAUCCUCCAUGCUGUCCUUUUUGUAAAUGUCCUUCCUCCAGUUUUUUAUCUCUUCCACAUUCCCACUGCACACGUUAAACUGGAAGCACAAAGAAGAGAGCGUUAAAGAAUGAAAUGAUAUUUUCUUGAUUCUAAAUGUUUAAAGAACAAAGACGUAAUGCCCCUUUAUCUGGAUCUUUUAUGCGCUUACAUGAUCCUAAAACUCUGCUCUCACUUUGGGGCUUUUUGUAUGAAAAUCAGAGACAUUGAAACUUUGUACAGUCGUCGUCCACAGAGGACAACCCUGACGCUCACGACAAAGUGCUUUUAACUGCCCGGUGGUGAUCUCAGAUCUCACAGGCUCUCACAGGCUCUCAGAGCUCUCAGCCUCCAUCAACAUGUUCAAAUAGAGUCCACUUUGGGAUCUCUGCUCCAGAGCGAGCGGCCCUUUCACUCUCUGACGCUCUGUACACCCCGCUAACAUUCCCACCAGCCCGAGCUGAUACUGGAAAUAAACGGCAGCGACGUUGAAGCUGCUUAAACAUAUCUCUGUAGCACAAGGCCAAACGUAAAUCCACUCAGAGCUGAGAGCAUGUCUGAUUAUUAAACCUCCCCUCGGAGCGUCCCAGCCUCAGAGGGUGAAACUCUUCACAUGGAGGCUUUAAGAUGAUUCUAGAACCAGAAGAGAGAUGAGACCCUGCUGUUCACUCACUGCUUUUACUGAAAGCAUUGUCUACAGACAGAGUCCGCUCCGGAUGCUCACCUGGUCUCAAUCCUGCAUGCGUGGAUUCUUAUCACAGCUGGGAGGGCUCAGGAAUUCCAUGUAGGAUGAGAGUCUGAGCUGUGGCCCCGAGCUCUGAAUGUACAGUGUGGGUUUCUUGUUAUCUCAUGCUGACACACUUUUGAGAAACUGGAACCGAUGUAGACUCCAGAGAAACCCUGGAGCCGCUCUCUGGAUUAGGAGGGAAAGCUUCAGAGUUUGGAUCAAAUAUUCACACCAUCUUUUAGAAGUUGUAUAAACAGAUCUCCUUUUACUGUUUUAUUUUAAUUGAACUAUCGUAUACAUAUCUCACUGAAGUCUUAAGACGUGUUGACCGGCUGUUAAACCCUCCUCAGGCUGUGAUUCAUGUGUUUGAUGUGUGUGUGCAUGCUUUGGCCGACGUGGCUCAUCACAGUGAACUGUAACGGCGUCACGAUGAUGAGCGUCUCUGGACUCCAAAGUGCUUUGAUCAAACACCAUAUUUUGAUACCUAACAUUGAAGCUCUUUUAGCAGCUGUGACACAGAGCGGGGAGGUGAUGAAAUACUCACACCUUGGGAGAGAGGGUCUGGGGGGGUUUGGUGACGGCUCUUUGUGUAAUAUCUGUAAAGUGGCUUUACUUUGUACAUUCCAGAGUUUGACACCAAGGAAAAGAAAUCUGUGCACAAUCAUAACAUUUUCAAAUUGUUUACAUGAGCUGUAUCUUUGCAUGAGCUGAGAACCUUCUCAGAAAUAAAUAAAUUUCUUUAUUAACUGUCA